AUGUGGAGCACAUUCCGCAAUCUAAAGAACAACAUCUCGGCGAUCGCGUCGGACGUCCUUGACACCGCGGAGGAGCUCGACCCUGGCCUGUUCGGCAGUGGGCCCGGCUCGCCGUCUCACCAAUCGUCUUCGGACUCCUACUCCGAAGGUUCCUCUGCUGACUCUACCCCGGAGAGGCACGGCAAAGCGGGUCCCGAGGGAGAGGAGGAAAGGUCGCAGGCGGGGGAGAGAGCGGGAGGGGUGGUGAGGUUAAGGGAGGAGAAGCAGAGACUGGAAGGGGAACUGAGGGUGGUGAGGGGCGAGAUGGAGAGAGAAAGGGAAGCUGCAAGGAAGCUGGCACAGCAGAUGACAGGCGGUCGAGAGGGGUGGGAGUCAGCUGUGCAGGAGUGCAGCAUUCUCAAAGCCGAGAGGCAGCAACUGUUCAACGACUUGGCAGAGGCACAUGAGAAGAUCAAAGUGGAGGCAGCAGCCCGGCAGCAGACAGAAGGGGCGCUGAGGCAGGUGGAGGCUCAACUGGCGCAGGCAGUAGCUGCUGCUGACGCCUCCAAAGCCACGUGGCAGGCCGAACUGCAGCAGCUCUCGCGCCAGCUCGCCGAGGCUCGGGCUGCCGAAGCUGGGGCUCAGCUUCGGGCCGCCUCUGCAGCUGCUCCGGCGGCUGCGGCCGCAGCUCAGUCAGAGGAGCUAUCCCAAGUAAAGGCGAAACUGCAGGCAGCAGAACAGGCCCUUUCCUCCCAGCACUCCUCCUUCCAGACCUCCCUCCAACAGCUAAGGGAAGAAUGUGACCGUCAGGUGAAAGCAGCAGAGGCCCAGGUGAAAACAGCAGAGGCCCAGGCGAAAGCAGCAGAGGGCCAGGCGAAAGCAGCAGAGGCGAGGAGGAAAGAAGCGGAGGAAGCAGCAGAGGCGAAGGCAACAGCUGCAGUAGUAGCAAUGGAAGAGCAAGCAGUGAGACGGAUAGCAGUGGCAGUGAGAGCGGCAGAGAGGGAGGCAGAGGAGAGGAGAGCAGAAGCAGAGAAGGAAGCGGAGGCGAGGAGAAGGGAGAUGGAGGAGGCAGCGGCGGCGCAGAGAGGGGAGUUAGAGGGGGUGCUGAGUGCGAUGAAGGGGGAAAGGGACAAGGCGAAGCGGGAACUGGCGAGGCUGAAACAGCACCUGCUGGAGCUGGAAAAUGCCGAGUCAGCCAAGGUGGAGCAUGAGACCGACCAAAUCAAAUCCCUCGAGGCGCAGCUACAGGACAAAUCCCGUGAACUGGCAGCUCUGCAGUCCGCACUAGCAGACGCACGUUCCGCCGCGGAAGCUGCCAGGAAAGAGGUGGAGAGCCGAGCGAAGGAGGUGGGGGAGGAGGGAGCGAGGAGGGAGAGGGAAAGGGAGGAGGCGGAGAGGGAGAGGCAGGUGCUUCGGGCCGAAAUUGAGGCUCGGGAUCAGGAGCUGAACAAUCUUCAGGCGGCCCUGGGGCAUUUCUGCGCCGAAGCUGAGGCUCAGAACCGGUUGGCAGCAGAGCUAGCGGCAGCACGGGACGACAACACCAAGCUGGCUGAGCAGCUGCAGUGCUUUCCUGCAGCCGGCAGCAGGGCAGCAGAGCUAGCGGCAGCACGGGACGACAACACCAAGCUGGCUGAGCAGUUGCAGGACCUCGCAAGCAGGAGGGCGGAGGAGGUAGAAGCAGCCGAGGCGAGAGCAGCAGAGGCAGAGAGGGGGAGAGCAGCAGCGGUGGUGGGGGAGCAGAGGGCGGGGAACGAGCUGUCUAAGGUCCGCCAGGCUCUGGAGCAGUGCAUGGUGCGGCUCAACAGAAUGUCUUCUGAUUCUGACUUCACUGUAGACAGGAGAAUCGUGAUCAAGCUUCUGGUGACUUACUUUCAGCGCAAGCACAGCAAGGAGGUGCUUGACCUCAUGGCUCGGAUCCUCGGAUUCUCAGAGGAGGACAAGCAGCGGGUGGGGUUGGCAGCAGCAGGCCACAUGGGGGUGGGAGGAGGAGGAGCAGGGGGUGUGAGGGGCGUGUUUGGGCUGCCUGGGAGGCUGGUGGGAGGGCUGUUUGGAGGGGGAGCGAGCGUGGGAGGAGUGGGGGGAAGCACUGGUGCCCUGGCGAGCAUUGCAGACGACAGCACGACCUUCACAGACCUCUGGAUUGACUUUCUCCUCAAGGAAUCCGAGUCACGGGAGCGUGGGGAGAUGCCCGCCGACCCCUCCCCGCCCCGCUUCCCCGGCUACCCUGCCUUUUCCGCCGCUCCGGGCAGCCCGCCGAAAUAUUUUCAGCCCGUGUCGCCCCGGGCGUCUGGAGGCGGUCUGGGCGGCGGGGCAGGCGGAUAUGUUUUGUCUCCAAAUGCGGGCAGGUGGAGAAGCAGCACGAGCCCCCAGAGAGAGUCCUCCCAGGCUGUAGCGCAGUAUGUGGCAUCUCCGGUUGUAGCAGCACCAGCACCGGCUGUAGCGGCUAUAUCCCCGGCUGUAGCGCUGGGGUUUUCUGCAGCGGGGUUGCAGCAGCAGGCAGGAGAGAGCUACAGCUACCGAAUGUCAGACCACAACCCAGUUGGGCUUGCAGGGACUGCAUCAGCAGCUGUAGCAGCGUCUGCUACAGCUGCUGCUGCUGCUGCUGCUGUGGGAGCAAGAGCAGGGGCAGAAGGAGGAGCAGCGGGAGCAGGAGUGAUAGGGGGCGGAGGAGGAGGAGGAGGGGAGCUGCCAUUUAUUGCAGCAGGGGCCCAGACCUAUAGGGAUCCGAUGCACAGCCUCCCAUCCCCUUACCUGCCUGGCAUCCCUGGUCUCGGCCCUGGCAUGGCCGGUACACAUGGAAUGGGUGGCACAGGUGGGAUUUCAGGUGCCGGCACAGGUGCUUCAGGUGGUUUCUCAGGUGGUCCAGUCACCACAGGGAUGAUGGGUGGGGGGUCAGCAGUGCCAGGGAUUUCAGGGGAGCUUUGGAGUGGGUCGGCAGGGGCAGGGGGAGGUAUAUCUGGGGCAGGUGGGAUUAUGGGCAGUGGACCAGGAGCCGUGGUGGGAAUGUCUUCAGGAAUAGGGUUACCACAGAGUGGAAGUGGUAAUGGCAUGUUACAGGGAUAUACACCGCCGAGCAUGCACAGGCAAGGGUCUGGUGGUAUGAGCAGUAGCAAUGCGCUGUUCAGUGCAAGUGGGGGAGGGAUGGUGGGGGUGGCUAUCGAUGUGGACUUAGAUGGUAAUGGUAACGCGUCAGAGUUUUCAUCUGUACCUUUAAAUAUGGGCCCAGGGCAGAAGGCCACUGCUGCGUUGUCGUCGCUGUCGGCUCGUAGUGGUCAAGUGGUGGUGAGUGCAGCUCGGAACCUGUUUGGGCAACAGGAGAGUGAGUCGGCGCUACAAUUGUAG